AUGUCCGAUGCUACAGGCCUUGGCUGGGUGCGAACGGUUCAACCUUUGACAGUGCGCGCCGGCCGAUCCAAGCGUGACGAGCCACUGGGGACCAUCCCGCCGGAUCAAGAUGUUUAUGUUGCAGCCGUAUCUGGCAAGCGUGGGCAGAUCACAUCGCCAUAUGUUGGAUGGAUAUCGAUACGGACAGCCGGCGACGAAGCAACAAUCGUCCAGGAGCCACUGCUAGAGUCAGAGAAGCAAAGGGAUGCACCCGUGACGACAGGUUGGGUGCGUGCACUACGCGACUUGAAUGUCCGCAAGGGUCGCGAGAAGCGCACCGAGUUGGUGGGUUCCAUAGCUCUCGGCACACGCGUGUUCAUCGAAGAGUUGCAGGGUAUGAGAGCUCAUAUCCGAAAGCCCCUGGAGGGCUGGAUUUCAGUUAUAACCGCCGAACGAGAGCCCACCGUGUCACAGGAAACCUCCGCAGCUCCGGAAGUGAGCGCACCCAGGGCAUCACAACCUUCAGAUUCGAGUGAUUCCAGUGACACAGACACCAGUGGGUCCAGCGAUAGUAAUAGUAAUGAUAGUCAGACAAGCCCAAGCAGUGACGCGACUUCAAGUAAGCCGACUCUCAAGCCCCCCGUUGCGGCGACACAAGGUGAGUCGCGCCAGGCUCCGGAGGCAGCAAAGUCACAGCCUCCUGCACAGGCAGCUGAGUCGAGCUCCCGUGGCCAGGGGUCAAGUGCGAGCAGCAGCGCCAGCAGCGGAGCCGGCAGCAGAACGGAUAGCAACAGCAGCAGGAGAGCAAUCGACAGCAAGAGACUGCUGCAGCCAGUCGCACAGGCGGUGGAAGUUCCAAGGAACGGCGAUGUAUCCUCACAAGGGCAGGACGGACAGGACGACUUGCUGCCCGGCAUCGGCUGGUGGUGGACGCACUUGAAGGCCAUCGUCUGCAAGGACGAGAAGGACCGCCGUGCCUUCAUCCGGGAGCCUUUGGAGGGCUGGAUUCAGGUGCAGUCUCCCAGUGGAAAGCCGAUUCUGGCUGCGCAGGCCCCAGCUCAGUAUGCUGAAGGCGAGAAGCAGGCACUUCUAGAAGAGCUGCUCGAAGACGUUGAGCCUGUCUCAGUGAAGGCUCCAGUCGAUGAGCCCAACUCACAAAGUCCUGCAGUCAAGCGGGAGAUUCGGGUCGAAGACGAACCCGCAAGAAAGGAUCCAGAGGCUCUGGUCGCACGCAGGCCUGCCUCAGAGAGUCCCGCAGUCAGCCGGCCAGUUCACGUUGUGGAUGAGCAUGCCGCAAAGACUCCUGCAGUGAAGCGGGAAGUUCGUGUCGCAGAUGAGCCCGACCCACAGAAUCCUGCCGUCAAGCACGACAUUCCGGUCGCAGAUGGGUCAGUUCAGCUUGCCUCAAAGACUCCAGCGGCGAAGCAGGAGGUUCGGGUCGCAGAGGGACCCGACCCACACACUCCUGCCGUCAAGCGUGACAUUCCGGUCGCAGAUGAGCCUACCACGAAGAAUGCUGCCGUCGCGCAGGCAGUUCAGGUUGCAGAUGAGCCUGCCUCAAAGACUCCAGCGGUCAAGCGGGAGGUUCGGAUUGCAGAUGGACCCGACCCACCGAAUCCUGCCGUCAAGCAGGAAAUUUCUCUCGUAGAUGAACCUGCCUCAAAGAAUCCUACAGUCAAGCUGCAUGUCGCUUCAGAGAACCACAUGAGUCCAGACACUGGGAAAGCGGACGAGCAGCUCCGAUUCCUCUACCAGCAGCAGAACGGGGGAACUGGCACUUCUUCGAAGUCAAGUCAAAGCAGCGACUUGCAAGCGGAGGCAGCGGAGAUGCCGGUGACGCAACCCGGGCCAGCGCCGUCCUUACCAGAGGCGCCGUUGCCGGCCGCGACGAGCUCGAGCUCUGGCAAUCCGCGACCCGACUCGGCAGAGCAAGAAGGUACAGUGGAGGAGUUUCGUGCUGGAGACGAAACCAAGGUGAGGAUAGCUUCGAGCAACCUUGCUGUGGCCGGACCAAUACAGGUACCGGACGAAAUCGAGCCCCAGAAGUCGGAAGAGAUGGGAUCGAGGGGGGCUGCGGAGCACAAAGUGGAGAUGACAAGCAUGGCCAGCAGUACGAAAGCUAUGGCGAAGGCCACGAGUCUGUGUGCCGCUCAUCCAGACGUUUCAGAGCCUUCUGUACCAUGCUCUGGCAAACAAAUUUCUCCCGACCUCCAGCCCGCAAGUGUGGUCAUCAGCAGUGAGGUUUCGCGGACAAAAGAUGCGGAUGAGCAAGCUUCGCCGGCCUCACCAGAGAGUGCCGGAAUACAGCCACAGCCGUCGGCGCUGUCUGCAGAGGGGCUCAGCAGCACCACACGUCGGCCAAGCAUACCGGUUCUCGUCCACGGGAUGGACACCCUGACUGCUCCCGCUCAGAAGAUCGGAGUUCUGGAUUGGGCCGUGGCAGAGCCGCUGCACCAGCACUACGAGACUGCACAAGCCAUCAAACUCCCACCGCGCAGCGAGUGGUGGGUCCACGAGAAAGAGGCCUCCGAGCGUCGGCUGGAGGCUUUGGAGGCCCGGCUCCGUUCAGCGCAGGCCGCCCAGGAUCCAGUGAUUGAGUGGAAUCUUCACCGUUUGGAGGAUACUCUGGAUUCGCCAUGCGGUGAGAGCCGCGCAUCUCCUACAGGCAUCCCUCUUCCACAGAUGGAGCAGGCCUUUCAUGAAGAAGAGGGCCUCGAAGCAGCUGCCACGGCACUGCUGCGGUCGGCAGCAGACGAGGAGUGGUCCCGCCCGCGCGGCGCUGGGACCUCUGGCCACAUGUAUCCGACGACGGAUGACGACUGGGCUGCACCCCUCUUCUCGCCCUCCAGUCGCAGGAACGAGUCAAGAACCGCGCAGAGUUCGCUUCUGGACCCCGCCGCGGAAGCGCCGAGUGCAGGGCCCAUUCCUAGCUGGAUAUACCGAGGUGUAGGUGCCGUGCCACUACCGCCCCGACCUGUUUCAGCAACGGAAGAGCCACCACCGGAGUAUGAGGCUUCCAGCGUGUCUGUGUCGGAGGCACCGGACAUCUCAAGGGUGCCCAGCAGCCGUGGGAGCCUUCGGCUGCAGAAGGACCGGGAGCUGCUCCAGAGGAGAGGGGACGAGUGCAGAGGUGGGACUUUGCCCCUGCGAGCUGCCAAGUCUUACAUCUUGGCAAUUCUUCCGUCCACUGCACGGAUGCUGCAUUCCGACCUCGCCGGUUUGCCGGCUACCCUGGACGUCAGCGUUUGGCUCCAUGCAGUGCCGAGGCCAAGUUCCUCCUCGUCCUCGCGCGCGAGUGGCCCACUAGGCCGAUUGCUUCGGCCCGUUUGUCGCAAGUGUGGCACGGUCACCGUGGGCGACCUCUGCCGGACCUGUGCAGGCCCCGAAGCGUUUGAUGGUCUCCGGACGCGGUACCGGGAAGCCAGGACAGUGGCAGAGGACUUGUGCAGGAAAUGCGCUUCUUGUGCCGGGGAGCAUUUGUGGCGCUCCUGUGCCGCAGCCGAGUAUUGCGCUACGCUGACCCGCCGCACGGCAGCCGAAGCCGAAGCCGAGAAGUUGCGGCGGCAGCUUGCGGAGUUGUGCCUGGACCAACGACUCGAGGAGCAGGUGAAGGAUCCCACGACAACUGAGAGUUCGCACAGCCUCCUGUCCGAUUUGAACACGGUCUUUGCCGUCGAUUCGGACAGUGAGCCGGAGACAGCCAAGGAGGCGCGCACCCCUCCUUUCCACGGGACGUCCCGUACUUCCAGCAGUUCUGCCGCCCAUCCUCCAGAAAGAAGCAGUUUCGGCGAGGACGUGACCUUCACUGUUUCGUCGGAUGAGGAGGCGGCACCAGCUGGACAAGCAGAGGUUGCAGUUCCGGUGAAAGUCGAAGAAGCUCCGAUAACCCCGGCGCCGGAUGCUUUGGAUCGCACCGGUGCAGAGGCCAAACCGGUGCCGCUUUGCCCUGGCCACGGGGAGCGUUGCCGCGAAGUGGAAGUGAGGAAGGAAGGUCCUAACAAAGGGCGGCACUUCUUCGCUUGCCCCAGGCCUCGCGAGCAGCAGUGCGAUUUCUUCGCAUGGGCAGAUGCGGGGCCGGCUGGACAAGCAGAGGUUGCAGUUCCAGUGAAAGUCGAAGAAGCUCCGAUACGCCCUGAGUCGGAUGCUUUGGAUCGCACCGGUGCAGAGGCCAAACCGGUGCCGCUUUGCCCUGGCCACGGGGAGCCUUGCCGCGAAGUUGAAGUGAAGAAGGAAGGUCCCAACAAAGGGCGGCACUUCUUCGCCUGCGCCAGGCCGCGCGAGCAGCAGUGCGACUUCUUCGCAUGGGCAGAUCGGCCACUGCCAGAGCGACGGAAACACCCCAGGGACGAGGCCGGUAGAGAAGAUGCACCAGGUGCCUCCGAGCCAGUGACGCCAAGGCGCAAGACGAAGGGCCGUGCUAGUGCGGGAGCACACUCCACGCCUGCGAAGCGAAGGAGAACUUCCUACCAUGGUGCGGAGGGGCGCCUGGAGCGAUUCUUGCCCACUCCGAGCAAGCGAGUCCGCGAGCGCAUCGAUCGGGCGAAAGAGCACCGACUGCUUCUCGUCAACUUCGAGGUUGCUGCGCGAGGUGAAAUUACGGCAACCGUACUCGGCCACACGGGCAAUGUCUAUGACGUCCGUAUAGGAGCUCGGGUCGUGUGCACCUGCCCGGACUUUCUCAAGGCAAAGGCGGCUUGCAAGCACUUGCUCUUCGUCUUCCUGCGGGUUCUGCGGAUACCGGAUGAUGACCCAAGACUGUGGCAAAGGGCUUUGAUUCCGCGGGAGCUCAGCGACUUACGCUCGCGCCUGACCAGUGGCAGCCAGCUCCCGGUCGAAGUGCGGCCCCUCCUGCCGUCAUUUCUGCUUGCCGCAGUGCGGGCCCUGUAG